GCCGGCCGCGCCUUUCUCAUCUUCCUUCUCUGUGCUCUACGCUGAGCAAACAUGGACGACUCAGCCGGAAAAGACCCACUGCAAAUCCUCCCCGGAGAGAUGAACCGCCAUAUAUUUUCAUGGUUGCCGGUUAAGUGCCUGUUCAGAUGCAUGUCCGUCAGCAAAGAAUGGCAGGCCUUCGUUCAUGAAAUCAAGAACGCCCAUGCCGGGAAACUGCAACUUCUCAUCAUCUCCUCCCGUCAAGAUAACGGCGGCGAGGAGAGAUUCAUAGCGACGUCAAUGAACCCCGAUCUCAGCUUUCAAUGGGUAUCCUCGCCUCUAUUCACCCUCGACGGUCAUGACUACUUCAGAUUCUUUGAAGGAUUCCGACCAAAAAUUCUGGACUCCUGCAAUGAGCUUGUUCUUGUUUCGGCUGGGAAAAAGGUCCUCUUGUGGAAUCCACUUACGAGGUGGUUUAGAGUUGUGUUCGGUCUUUAUAAUCAUGAAGAGUACACUCUUAGAGACGGUUCUGUUGUUCUUGGUUCAAUUUGUUACGAUACCUCCAUUAAAGACUACAAAAUUGUCCUUCAACUUCGCUGUCUUACUGCGGAUCGUCGUGGUUAUACAAACCGCUGUGUGAGUUUUGCAAGCUUGAAAAGCAAUGUGUGGAAAGAUUUGGGGCCCCCUUCCCGCGGCGGAGUGCCGAGAAGCGGAGCGCACUCCGCGAGAAAAGGCGUCAACUUUCACAAUACAUUUCAUUGGUCGGUAUGCCACAACGUCCAGCCUCCGGUUAGGAAUAUCCCCGGAGGUCCCAAUAAUAAGAUUGUUUAUUUUGAUCCCGUAAAUGAUGAGUUCAAAAUAUUACCCUCUCCCGAACCGUGUCACCGCGAAGAAGAUGACUGGAUAGUUGGUAUGGGAGUUGUAAAUGAUUGCCUUUGCAUGGCUCGUUUGGAUGACAAGACAAAGAUGGUUCAGGUUUUAGCUAUGAAAGAAUAUGGGAAUGGAGAGUCUUGGUUCAGAGCAUUCGACGUCUCUUUGUCCAGAUUUGGUUGUCAAGGUGAUGAUUUGUACAACUUCACUUUUUUCUCUCUAGAAAAGAAUGGAAAAGUGUUGAUGAAUUACAAUGAUAGCAGAAUCCUUGUCUAUGAUCCGGCCAGUGAAGAUGUGCUUCGUGUUAGGGUUCUCUUACCUGAUUCAGAGAUUAAUCAUGGUAUGUGCUUCUAUGCACAAAGUUUUGCAUCCCCAUAUGACCAACUUAAAUUAGAGAUCAAAUAGAUAGAGUACAUUGUAGUCAGUAUAUUUAAUUUGAUGGUCAACGGAUGCACC